AUGAAGGUUCACGAGACGAGGUCGCAUGCGCAGGCCCCUGGGAAGGAGGAAAAAAUGGUGACAAGGAAGCAAAAGGCAGAAUCGGAAGCCGGGCAGUCUCCGAAGAAGGCGAAGAUGGAAGACGAGGACGGGCAGCCGAGCAAGAAGUCUAUUGAGGAGAUCAAAGCCGAGUUUGAGAAGUUCUGUAAGGCCACAAGCGAGCACCUCUCGAUUCAGCAGAUGCGCGAGAUUCUCGAAGCCAACGGUCAGGAUUCGAGCGGGUCGGAUGAUGCUGUCGUGCCUCGAUGCCAAGAUAUAUUGUUUAACGGGCCGUUGGGUAACUGUGAAAUCUGUGGCGGGACCUUGGAAGUUACGGAUUCCUAUUACGUGUGCACGGGUUCAUACAGCGAGUGGUCGAGCUGUAUUUACAAGACGCGGGAUCCGCCCAGGAUCGACGAGCCCGUCAAGUUGCCAGAUACCAUCAAAGAUUCUGCUGUUAUCGAUCUACUGGAACGUCAGGACGUGAAAUCCCGGCCAGCCAGGGAGCUGGCCACAGAUAAGCCUUUCAAAGGGAUGAUGAUUUCUCUAGCCGGCCGUUUAAACCGGACACAUCAAUACUGGAAGUCCAAGAUAGAGAAGCAUGGAGGGAAAGUUUCCAACUCCAUUAUUGGGGCAAGCUGUCUGGUCGUGUCCCCGGCCGAGAGAGAGCGUGGUGGCUCGUCCAAAUUAGCUGAAGCCAUGGAGAGGGGUAUCCCGGUAGUGAGGGAAGCUUGGUUAAGUGACUGCAUCGAAAAACGAGAGACUUUGCCACUGGAUGCGUAUGACGUGGCAAGUGACCUGGCCGUGGACGGCAAACAAAUCCCGUUGUUUCAGCAGGAUGCGAGUGAGGAAGCUCUCGAGACGUUUACUGCUGAGCUGAAGGUAUAUGGUAAAAGAGGUGUGCAUAAGGACACCAGACUGCAGAUUGAAGGCGGGCAGAUACUCGAGAAAGAUGGCCUUCUCUACAACUGUGCUUUUGCUCGUUCGGAUCGAGGAAAAGGCGUGAAUAACUUUUGCAUUACGCAACUGAUAGUGGUGCCCGAGAACCGUCUGUACAUGUACUAUAAGAAAGGAAGGAUAGGUGAUGAAGCUGGGGCAGAAGAGACUCUUGACGAGUGGCAAGAUAUGAAUGCUGCACUAAAAGAAUUCACCCGACUUUUCGAGGAGAUCACGGGGAAUGAGUUUCUGCCAUGGGAGAAAGAGAAGAAAAUCCAAAAGAAGAUGUACAAGUUUUUCCCAGUCGACAUAGAUGAUGGAGUUGAGGUAAGGCAUGGUGCUUUAGCCCUCAGGCAGCUUGGAGCUGCGGCUGCUCACUGUAAGCUCAUUCCUAAGGUGGCGAAUUUCAUGAAAGUUUUGUGCAGCCAAGAAAUUUAUAGGUAUGCAUUGAUGGAAAUGGGGUUGGAUUUUCCUGAUCUCCCUUUGGGUAUGGUCACCGAUAUACACUUGAAAAGAUGUGAAGAAGUUCUCCUGGAAUUCGUGAAGAAGCUCAUGGAGACAAAUGUGGCGGGGCUGAAGGAGGCGGCUUUGUGGUCCGAUUUCAGCCAGCGUGUUUUUACGCUUAUGCCCUCGACCAGACCAUAUGUGUUCCGCGAUUUUAGCGAUAUAGCUGACCAUGGUGUGGCUGCAUUCGAGACUGUUCGUGAUAUAAAUGUGGCUUCGCGUUUGAUUGGUGACAUGUCGGGGGCUACUCUUGAUGACCCCUUGUCUGAUAGGUACAAGAAAUUGGGGUGCACUAUUAAUCCUGUAGACAAAGAAGCAGACGAUUACAAGAUGAUAGCCAAAUACUUGGAGAAAACAUACGAGCCUGUCAAAGUUGGAGAAAUCAGUUAUAGGGUGACGAUUGAUGAUGUAUUUGCUGUGGAAGUGAGUGCGGGCCCAUCUCUCGAAGAGAUCAUGAAACUGCCAAACAAAGCGCUGCUUUGGUGUGGCACUCGGACUUCGAAUCUUUUGCGGCAUCUGAAAAAGGGGUUCUUGCCUGCUGCAUGUUUUCUCCCAGUACCUGGUUACAUGUUCGGGAAGGCCAUAGUUUGCUCAGAUGCAGCUGCCGAGGCGGCUAAGUAUGGUUUCACGGCCGUUGAUCGUCCGGAGGGUUUUAUGAUCCUGGCUGUUGCAUCCCUUGGUGAAAACAUAACUCAACUCACAAGCCCGCCGGAGGAUGCUAGUUCACUGGAAGAGAAGAAAAUGGGUGUGAUAGGGCUCGGAAGGAAGAAAACGGACGAGUCUGAGCAUUUUAAUUGGAAGGGUGAUAUAAAGGUGCCCUGUGGUAAGCUCAUCCCGUCGGAGCAUAAAGAUAGUCCUCUGGAGUACAACGAGUACGCAGUCUAUGACCCAAAGCAGGUAGUGAGUAUAAGGUUCCUGGUGGCAGUGAAGUUUGAGGAGAAGGAUGUGGUGUAUGACACUGCAGAGUAA